AGCUUGAGGUCUGAUUGGCUACUGCGCGAUUGUGUUUUUUCAUCAGUUUAAACUGAGGUCAGGCAGUCUGGAAACAGCGAGACGAAGCCAGUCAAUGCAACUCUUGAUCUACUUCAUUAUUCCUGCGAGUUUAAAGUGUUUUGUUCCGUUGACGACAUCGUUUAAUCAGGGCUGCGGGGAAAAUGAGACUUCGCUCAAGAAAUAUUUUAAAUGAAAACCCAUCUACACCGUGCCGCCGCCGACGAGCCGCUCCGUUGAGCCCGAGCCCUCAGACUCCGUUGGUCAACCAGGAUAAAGUAAACCUUCUUCAGGACUGCCCAAAUCUGGAUCCUGAAGACAUCCCAACAGCAGCCAAACGUCCACGGAGGAGAAAAGCUUUAUCAACUGUUGACAGUAAAGAGUCAGAUUUCAAGACUCCAGUUCGUCACCUUCGGGAAAGGCAUUCUUUAUUGAAUCCUGCUGCUCGGAGCCUCUACUCCCCUGCAGUUCACUUUCUCACACCACCAAGAGACAGUGAGCAUCCAAACACAAGUCCCAUUUUCAGUCCUGAACACUGUGUGUUUGGCUACAGCGCUGCCAGCCCUCUUUCAGAGGAUGAGGAGAAUGAGGAAGUGUUUAGCCCCUUCACAUUCAUUAAGAACAUUCCGAACCGUUCACAACAGUCCAGGCCUGUCUCAACAGUGCGGGACAUUCCGCCCAAGACGAGGAGCACACCUGCAGCUACCCUGGUGCUCGAUUUGGAUGAAACGCUCGUGUUCAGUUCACUCAAUGUGAUUUCUGAUGCAGAAUACACCUUCAGUACCCGCUUUCAAGAUCACAAGUACAAGGUCUACGUGAUCCUCCGACCAUAUGUGAAAGAGUUUCUACAAGCCAUGACCAAACAUUUUGAGAUGUUUGUUUACACAUCUGCAAAAAAGGAAUAUGCAGAGAAGAUCGUAGAUAUAUUGGACCCUAAUAAAAAGCUCUUUAGACAUCGUUUGUAUCAGGAUGAUUGUGCCUGUGUGCUGGGACACUACAUUAAAGACUUGACUGUUCUGGAGAGAGACUUGUCGAAGACUGUCAUCCUGGACAACGCCCCCCACACCUUCCCAUACCACCUGAUGAAUAUGAUUCCCAUAAAGAGCUGGAUUGGAGAUCAAGAGGACCGUGAGCUGCAAAAGCUCAUUCCAUACAUGGAGAAACUAGUGCAUGCGGAUGACUUCAGAAAUGUCUUAAAGAAGAGAACUGACCACUUCCACAGGCUGCUUUCUGAAGACUAAAACCUGCAUCAAGUGUAAUUACAUGUACAGCAUCCUAAUAAAUGCAGUGAAAUUGCCAGGCUACAAACUAGCAAAGGCUACAUUUGUAGUAUGACUCUGAUAUAAAGAAAUUGUUUAUUUGAUGGAGAGUAGUCUUACGGUUUCACUUUAAAUCACCCUGGUGAUCAGCUGGUGUUCUGACCCAUUUUGAAAAUUAGGAUUAGAAUUUUUCCUUUAAAUUAUUGAUGAAUCUUGAUAUUUGUACAGGUUUUUGCCAUUGGAAGUGUUUUCACACUGUUAAAUUAAUUGCAAUAUGUGGUGUACUCAGAAGUGUUUUAUUUUUAAGGACACCAAUUUUCAAUAACCAUUAAAAAGAAAAACAGCUUUUCACGAAAAACUUUUGGUCUGUAAAUAUUUCAAUUUUGUGCAUUCCACCCCAGAUUCUUCUAAGUGACCAGACAGAUGAUAAAAUGGCUGAGAAAAAAAAAACCCGUCUGGUGUGGUUUGUUGAUUUUGUGUUUAUUUCCACCAUCACCAGUCGUACAGUUUCAGUCUGGCCGCCACCAUUCUCAUCCUCCCAUAUCCUGCAACCCAAAACUAUUAUAACUCUCAGUGGCAGUAUAAAUAGUGACCCACCAUACAGUGCUGUCAGCCUCCACAUGUCUGCCGACACAUUUGAUGGAAUGAAACUGUUGAGGAACACAGUUUGACCCCCAAAAUAUGUGAAAUUAAGACCAGGGGACAAAUUUGAAGUGGAAGAGCUCUCCACACUUCCAAAGGCAUAGAAACUGAUCCAGCCUUGUUGGAAAAAGAAAACCAAUACUUAUAGCUGUAUGGAUCAGUUGAUACAAUUUUGACAGGUUCUGAUUAACAGCACAGGUUAAUCAGGUUAACAGUACAAAUCAUUCUAGCCAUUUCUAAACAUGGUGUUUGGUUCUUAAUGCAAAUAUGGUUGUUUAGAAACAAUAUCUCUUUGAUGGACUUUUCCUUUGGUAUGGUCACAUAUAUUCCUAAACAAACUUUUACACCCUCCAUUAGACAAAAAAAAUGGAGAUUUCCUUUCAAUGUUGUAAACAAACUAAAUCUGUCCCAAACAGAGUGGGCAUUUUUGAUCUUCCAUUUCAUUUAUCUUGUUUAAUAAAUGGUGAAAUUUAUUUACUUA